AUCUCUCUCCCACGGACGAGUGGAGCAGUGGACGCUGGACAGCGUGACGCAGCUCCAUCUUGGAAAACUCCCAUCGUCUCCUCCCCUCCUCCGCAAGAAAGAAAGAAAGAAAGAAAGAAAGAAAAAACCGCGGCGAGUAGGCGGAGCGCCAUGCCCCAAAUCGGUCUCGCCCCGUCGUCGCCGCCGCGGAUUCCAGCCGAUUGAGCUGAGCUCCCACGCCCCCGCGGCUCCUCCUGCUCCUUCUCCAACGCCCGCCGGCAGGGCAGCUCCUCUCGUGUUCCCCGCGGGCCUCUAGAUUCUGCUGCGGUUUGCUUAGAGGAAUCCCAGGUGCAUCUACCAGCCAUGGCGCCGGCGCCGGCCGUGGAUGUGGAGGGGGAGGGUGGCGGGGGCAAGAGCCAGAGCACACUCAAGUCGGAGGAUGGUCCUGUAGCUCGUACCCCCUGCACCCUAGACUCCCCUGAUGGCCGUGGUCGAGCCAUGGGUGUUCACGGUGAGGGUGGUGCCGGUGAGAGCUUGAACUCAUCUGGUCGAGCCGUCGAUGUUCGAGGCAGUAGUGACGGCGGUGAGAGCCUGGGCAACGUGAUGGUGGUGAAAUCCGAGUCCGCGUGCGCAGAUGCUCCUGAGAGCCGUGGUGCCCUUCUCACCCCUUGCACCAAGCUUGCUGGUGUGGACCCUUUGUUAGGAGCAUCCUCCUCGCAUAGCAUCGAUGUGGUGAGUUCUGAUCCCUUGGGCGAUGAUGAAGACGGGGACACCACGGAAUGCUCGAGCUCAUUCGGGAACUCUUGCUGUGAGACCGAUGAUGAGGCAUUCCAUGGUGAUUCGGAAGUGAUUUCUCCAUUUUCGGAGAAUGCUGAUGGUGACCAAGCGAUGAUGCAGCCUAGGAAGAAAAAGGUAACUGCUGAGUGGAGGAGUGCUGUCCGCCCAAUGAUGUGGAGAUUUCAGUGGUUAGAGUUGCGCAUGAAGGACCUUUUAUCUCAAGUGUCAAAGUAUGACAGGGAGCUGGCUCUAAUCAAGAAAGGAAAAGAAUUGCAGCAGGCAGUAAACACGAUAAAUGGUUCUAGGUCAGAAUCAGCGCAGCUUUGCAAAGGCCAUGAAAAUAGUUGUAUGGAGAGGCGAAAGAGGAGAAGACAUGAAGAAACUGUGGACACCUCAUUGUACAUCAAGAAGCACCGGAUAUUAUCCUACUUUUAUGAUAAACAGAAUAAGGGUGCUGAAACAGAUGGCCUCGUAAUUGACGAUGAUAGCAAUGGCCCAGUUGGCAAUGAUGUUAAAGGUGGGCUCCGUACUAUUGGUUUGCUUGAGCCCAAGGAGUCUGAUAUGGUUGCCGAGCAACUCACACUACAGAAAGUUCUUUUGACAAUUGAUGGUAUUCAGUCCCAAGUUCUUCGGCUACAAGAUCGUCUCAGCAAGGUUUGUUCAAAACAAGAAAACAUGUCUUCGUUGUUGGACCAUCCCCAUAUCCAGGUGGCUGAGAAGAGGCUAAGGACUCAAAAGCGUUCAUUCUCAUGUAAGAAAGAUAGAUAUAUUAAAGCGCAGAAAAAGAAGAACCUAAACAUUUUAUUGAAGGAGGAGGAUGGAUCAGCUAAUGCGGCAAUGUCUAGUUUGACAAAGAGGGCACCAGAUUGCCAAACAGAAGGUGCAAAGUACAAUAUCAAAGAAAAAAGUGGAGAGAGGUGCCAGUCACUUAAGAAAGCCAUCACAGUGGACCUGCUCCUAGGUGUUGACAGUUCCUUUCCAAAUAGUCAUAUGGGAGAUUUGUGCGAGAACAAUGAUGAUAUCCUCAUAGAUAAUGAAGCAGCCAAGGAAGGGUACCAACCAUUCGAAAAUGCCAAGCAUUCGAUAGAGAAACCGCUAGAACUAACUGAGAAAGUCACUGAAACUGAUGAUUUGAGAGUUGGAAAUAACUCUACUCCAAUUGAAAUCACUAGCACUUUGGCUCCAUUCAAAGUUGAGAACGCUUCUGCUUCCCUGGAAGUCAGGGGUACAUCUCGUCCAGUGGUCAAGCAAGAACCAGUUUUUGAAAAACCGCCAGCUUUGAAGCAUGUAUACUCUGGAAAUAGAAGGGGGCGGAAUCUUAAGAUGAGGGAGGGUAGGGGCCCUGUAGUUGUAUCCAAGACCCAGAUUGAGAGCACACUCCCAGCUGCGAAAAAGCUGAAAAUUGAGAAGACCACAGCCCCAGUUGAAGAGGAGAAAACUGAAAAGGCUCGUUCUACUGUAAAGAAGCGAAAAGCUGGAAAGUCAUGCUCAUCUACCAAUAAACAGGAAGCUGAGAAGUCAUCCUCAGCUCCUAGGAAGGAGACGAGUGAAAGUGCCCUAUCCAAGCCGACGAUUGAAAAGGCAAUCUUGGUACCGGUUAAUAGCCGGAGGAGCCAAAGGGUCCGGAAGCCCAAGAUUUACUGAAGCAAAGCAGUCUCCAGUUUCAGAAUGGUGUAUGUAUCACAGAUGUGUCUUUUUAUGUUUUCCAUGCUUGCUGCUGAAAUUUAUGUCUAUAUGUAAUGUGCUCUCAAUGUAAGUUAGUGUAUAUAUAUCAGCUUGGGUAGAUAAAGAGAGUUCAUAAUGGUUCAGCCUUGUCUUUUUCGUUUGGGCUGCCAAACUAAUAGUUACUAUCUUGUGCUGUCUGUCUAAAGGAAAUGCCAUAUUUGUAACUGUUCAUCUUCUCUGUGUUCUGCAAAGAUAUCUGCUGCCAAGAUGCCACUAUUUGGAUCUCUGUUCUUUCUGCGACUCAGCAUUUAGUU